ACUGGAGCAAGACUUUACUAUUUAAAUUGCUUUGCUUCUAAAACUUUUUCUAAGGAUGUUUUGGAUACAGGUAUGGAUGGAAUCUCUUAAGAUCCUUAAGAUCAUGAGGAUGAUGUAAAUCCUUUGGGCAGACUGGUUUCUUACUCUUGCGUGUCCUGCUCCCCUUAGGGACAUUACCUCAGGAAGGCUCCCUUGGGUUUGUGUUUCCUUAGGUAGCCAUGAUGUGGUGGCCUGUGGGAUGAUGCUGUUGGUAUUUACCUUUGCUUGUGGAAAAACCACCACUAAAUUCACAUAGAAGCAGGGAGGCAGCUGGAGACAUCCCUGCAUGUGCGUCUGUCAUUAAAACCCUGAUUUGCCAUUUCUUCUCUUUGGCCUGUAAAACGAUCCCAAAACACGUGUGGGACUUCUGUAUCUGAAAAACACAAGACUUCCCUGAGGCAUCCCCCUCCCUGCCCUUCAAGUUUGGCUUCUCUUCUUAGGAAGGACAGAGUAAAUCUAUAGAUAACCAAGACCAGGCCCAUAACAAAUACAGCACAUCAAUGGCUGUAUGAAACUGGACUCCUAGAGGAGCCAGUCUACCUGGGUUUUUUUUACUCUUUCAAAGGUGUGUAGGAGAGUUAAAACUAUCUCUAAUUGGGCAAACAAUUCUCAUAUACAAUCAGAAGGUGCAGAAAUCUGUUGCUUUGGGUCAUUAGAGUCAUUUUGGUCAUUAGACUCAUGAGAGUCCAGAAGGCCACAAAGUUUCCCUGAGGGCUGGAGCACCUCUCCUAUGGAGACAGGCUGAGAGCUGGGGUGGUCAGCCUGGAGAAGGCUUUAGGGAGACCUUACAGAGGUUCCCAGUGCCUAAAGGGACUACAAGAAAUCUGGAGAGGGGCUUUGGACAGGGGGCUUUAGGGACAGGACAAGGGGAAUGGCUUUAACCUGACAGAGGGGAGGUUAAAUGUUAGGAAAGAAUUCCUCACCUUGAGGGUGCUGAGGCGCUGGCACAGGGUGCCCAGAGAAGCUGUGGCUGCCCCAUCCCCAGCAGUGUUCAAGGCCAGGUUGGACGGGGCUUGGAGCAACCUCCUCUAGUGGAAGGUGUCCCUGCCCAUGGCAGGGGGUUGGAACUGGAUGAGCUUUAAGGUCGCUUCCAACCCAAACCAUCCUAUGAUUAUUGUCAUUCAUCAUAAAAGAUCAGCAAGUUCUGGAUGCAGAAUUUCAGCAGUGCCUUUGGCAUCUUCAACUAAAAACUCUUGGAGAACCGUCACAGGUAUCAAAAGGCAGCGAGCAAGUCAGUCAUGAACAAAGCCUUUCAGAAUGGUUAGUUUCUUGUCCCUGAAAUUCAGAAUUCAGUGCCAUAUCCAGGAAAUCUGUGCCAGAGCGGAACUUUGUCCGUGGAAAAGGCCAGCUGUACUCCCCAAAAGCAGAGCUGAGUUUUGUGCCUGGUAAAGUACCCGGCACAUUGCUGCAAGUGUAAUACCGCACAUGUGUAGCUGCUGGAGCCCCAGUUCAUACCUUCUUAAAGGCAUGUAUUGUUCCUAAAGCUACUCUCCCAGCUGAGGCUGCCACCUCCCAGCUUAGCCCAGCACCACCAGAGCUUGGCAAACGGGAUGGUUGGAGGGAGAGGGAGGAGACAAUCAAGACCUCCCUGUGACUGUGCUGUCUCCCCAUGGGGUGUUUAUAAGCCGUGUGCUGGCGGGCAGGCGUGGGCAGUUGGCUCACCGUGACCUUGGGAGCUGGGAAGCCUGAGUAGCAUUCCUGGGAGCCACGUGAGCCAGACUGGCAGGCGCAGCUGCGGCCAAUGGGGAGCAGACCAGCACUGGCUGCUCGGGUUGAGUUUCAUUCCUCUUGCUUGGGAUUUUUCUCUUUCCCUCCCUGUUGUGCUUUUUCCUCUUUGUUUAUGGGAAUGGACAGGCAGAUGCACUGAUGGAGUCCUAGCAAGCAAGGCAUUUGCCCACUGGAUUUGGGAUUCUACAGUGCUGAGCAACCACUUCUUGCCAUUGCCUACCACAACUCCAGCCCCCUGCCAUGGGUGGGCUUUUAUGGCUCCAAACCUUCUGAGCACACAACCCGCCCUCCUCUUAUCAGGGCAUUUUAUGUUGUGUUCUCUUCUAUGCACUUGCUUUUUGUUGUCCUUAUAGGUUAGUGUAUGAGGCUUUUUAAUGCAUGGGAGAUGGGUCAGGACCAGACAAAGCAACAGAUAGAGAAAGGACUCCAUCUUUACCAGUCUAAUCAGACCGAAAAAGCCCUGCGAGUGUGGACGAGGGUGUUGGAGAAGUCUGCGGAUCCUGCUGGCAGGUUUCGGGUUUUGGGUUGCCUCAUCACUGCUCACGCAGAGAUGGGCAGAUACAAAGACAUGCUGAAGUUUGCAGUGGUACAGAUUGACACAGCACGGGAGCUGGAAGACCCAGAUUUCCUUACAGAGAGCUACCUGAACCUGGCUCGCAGCAACGAGAAACUCUGUGAAUUCCAGAAAACAAUCUCUUACUGUAAGACCUGCCUGAACAUGCAGGGUACCACAGUGAGCCUGCAGCUGAAUGGCCAGGUGAGCCUCAGCAUGGGCAAUGCCUUCUUGGGCCUCAGCACCUUCCAGAAGGCUCUGGAGUGCUUUGAGAAGGCUUUACGCUACGCACACAACAACGACGACAAGAUGCUGGAAUGUCGAGUCUGCUGCAGCCUUGGGAACUUCUAUGCCCAGCUAAAGGACUAUGAGAAAGCCUUGUUCUUCCCAUGUAAAGCAGCUGAGCUGGUGAAUGAUUACGGCAAGGGCUGGAGCUUGAAGUACCGUGCAAUGAGCCAGUAUCACAUGGCAGUGGCCUAUCGGAAACUGGGGCGCUUGGCAGAUGCUAUGGACUGCUGUGAGGAGUCCAUGAAGAUUGCCCUGCAGCAUGGUGACCGGCCUCUGCAAGCGCUGUGUCUGCUGUGCUUUGCGGAUAUCCAUCGCAGUCGCAAAGACAUACAGACAGCCUUUCCUCGGUAUGAUUCCUCCUUGAGCAUCAUGACAGAGAUUGGGAACCGCCUGGGCCUGAUCCAGGUGCUGCUUGGAGUGAUCAAGUGCUGGAUGAUCCAGAAGGAGCUGGACAAGGCUCUGGAAAGCAUUGAAAAAGCACAGGAGCUGGCAGACGGACUAGGGAACAAGCUUGGCCUGCUGAAGCUCCACUGCCUGUGUGAAAGGAUCUAUCGCACAAAGGGGCAGCAGCAAGAAUUGCGUGACCACGUAGUGAAGUUCCAUGAAUGCGUGGAGGAGAUGGAGCUGUACUGUGGCAUGUGUGGAGAGUCCAUUGGGGAGAAGAACAACCAGCUCCAGGCGCUGCCUUGCUCCCACUUCUUCCACUUAAAGUGCCUCCAGACCAACGGGACCCGGGGCUGCCCCAACUGCCGCCGCUUGUCGGUGAAGCCCGGCUACGUCUGACCUUGCCGCGGGGGGGGCUCGGGCUGCGCCUCUGGGACUGCGGCAGCCCCGCUGUGCUCGGGCCCCUUCGGGCUGCGCCGGCCCCGCCUCAGCGGCCGCCGUGCUCGGGUGAGCAGCCGGAUCCCC